AAUGGUUCGUUUAUUGUCUACGAAAAGCUUGGAGACUUUUUUGAUGACGACAUAAGAAUCAUGAUCGAAGAACUGCAUGCUUGGUUAAAAUCACAAAAAGACUAUAAGUCAUCAACCGGAGAAGCGUGCAAAUACCUUUACACAAAAAAUCUCGAGUUCAAAAAGAUUCUUCAAAGCAUUGGUGGAAUUCGUCAGUUGCUGAUUCAUACACCAUCGAUACAGUUUGAAAUGCCUGACGCAACCGGUGGAAAAAACUCUCUGAAACUGUUGGAUGCCAGUCAACCAGUGAAAUACCAUUUAGACCGUCUAGGAGGACGCUAUGGUAUAGGAAGAAUCGUCAGCUACUACGAAGACGAAGACGUGUACGAUAUACAACUUUGGGAUAGAAAAUCGAAGAAGACAAAGUGGAACAAAGCCCUGAGACAAGUUAAAGUAGAAGAUGCACCUGCUACUGAACUUGUACAGUCAAAUAGAGUGUUAUGUUCUAUUGAGUUAGACGAUAAGUAUAAGAUUGGACAGAACGCUCAAAAGCAACUUGAAGAUUUACAAUUACUUUGUGUUUGUUAUAAGAACAAGUGUCUUCCUUGUUAG